AUGCGCCCCCUCUCCCCGCCCCGCGCGGGGUUCGGCGCCCGGCGGGGCCCCGCCGCCGCCCAUUGGCGCAGCGCUGCCCCCCCGUCCCCCACGAGCCAGGCCGCCGCAGCGCCACUCCCUCCCCUGAGGAAUCGUGUCCUCCGCCUCGCUUGCAGCGCCGAGCGCUGGGUCGUCGAGACGGGGAGAUCUUCAGGACCUCCUCCCUCCUUUGCCAUCCACUUUGCCCAGAAAAUAGUUACCCUUUUAAGAGAUGCAACAUUUUAUCUCGCUCUUCUGCCCUCAUGUCGCAUAGAGCUGUAUACUCGCUUGGCAUGAAGGGAGGGCGGCGCGCUGGACAAAGGAAGGCCGUUGGGCGCUUCGAAGGCAUCGUGGCCCCGCACGGCGGCUGGCAUUUCCCCGUCGCAGCAGCGGCGGCGGCGGCGCCGGCGCAGCCUCGAGCGCAGGCGCGGCUGAAGGACAAGGCUGCGCAGGCGGAACAGGGGCUUUGCGAGGCGAGCGAUGCACGACAUCGAAGGGCUUACGCCGACUGCUACUUCUUAUCUGGGGAAUACUUCUACAUUGAAAACAAGUGCGUCUGCAUCUGUACAUUCUUUCUUGCGUUAUUUGUAAAUGUACAACUCACCAUAAUUCAGAAUGUUUAACAAAAAUGAAUCCUCUGCUAUUUUUAAGCGUUCCCUGUUCUAUCCGUAGAAAGAAAUUGAAGAAAACAUUUGGACUAUAAAGAAACUAUUUUUUUAUAA